UUUUGAUAUUAUUAAAUAUUUUUGUCCUUUGCCUCACAUGUUUUGCCCCAGACGUACCAUAUCAGCAAAAUAAUUGACCAAACCAGUGUAGAUUAUUACACUAAGUUGUACACGUAAGUUCUUGAGGAUCUCAAAAGAUUAUGGGAUUUAAAAUGAACCAAUAGCCAAAAAGAUUGUCUCUUUGACACAAGAUCUCAGGCAAAUUCAAGAGAUGGAAAGUGACCAGAUUGAAGAGAGCAGUGUAAAACUGCUUGGUAGCACCACCAGCAGCGGUGGUGGUGGUGGUGGUGAGGGUGGUAGGUGGGUGGAUGGGAGUGAAGUGGAUUCAGAGUCACCACCAUGUUCUUUGUUUGAAGAGAGUGAUAAAAGAGAUGGGUAUGGAUCUUUAAGGAGGAGGCUUUUGAAGAAACCCAAGAGAGUUAAUUCUUUUGAUGUUGAAGCCAUGGAGAUUGCUGGGGCUCAUGGCCAUAGCUCAAAGGAUAUCUCCACUUGGAGCACUCUUGCAUUGGCAUUUCAAACACUGGGAGUUGUGUAUGGUGAUCUAGGCACAAGCCCUUUGUAUGUUUUUGCCGAUGUCUUCAGUAAGGUUUCCAUCGAGUCAGAAGUUGAUGUCUUGGGGGCGCUUUCACUUGUUAUGUACACAAUUGCUGUAAUUCCUUUAGCAAAAUAUGUUUUUGUAGUGCUUAAAGCAAAUGAUAAUGGGGAAGGAGGAACAUUUGCUUUGUACUCGCUGAUAUGCAGAUAUGCAAAGGUUAGCAUGGUGCCAAAUCGUCAACCAGCUGAUGAACAGAUUUCAAGUUUUAGGCUCAAGUUGCCCACUCCAGAGUUAGAACGGGCUUUAAACAUAAAAGAUGCUUUGGAGAGGAGAUCAUACUUGAAAACAAUUCUCUUGCUGUUGGUUCUGAUGGGAACUUCCAUGGUUAUUGGAGAUGGCAUUCUAACGCCAGCUAUGUCAGUGAUGUCUGCUGUGAGUGGUCUACAGGGUCAAAUACCUGGAUUUGGCACAAUGGAACUGGUUGUUGUCUCAAUCAUACUCUUAGUGCUUUUGUUUAGCAUACAACAGUUUGGGACUGGGAAAGUGAGUUUCCUGUUUGCUCCUGUACUUGCUUUGUGGUUCUUCUCUUUGGCAUCUAUCGGGUUUUACAAUCUAGUAACGCAUGAUAUUAGCGUUUUGAGAGCGCUCAAUCCAGCUUAUAUCUAUUACUUCUUCAAGAAGAACGGAACUGCUGCAUGGUCAGCUCUUGGUGGUUGUGUUCUGUGUAUUACAGGAGCUGAAGCUAUGUUUGCUGAUCUAGGACAUUUCACAGUCAAAUCCAUACAGAUUGCGUUCUCUUUUGUAGUAUUUCCCUGUCUUCUCCUAGGAUAUAUGGGCCAGGCUUCAUAUUUAAUGAAAUACCCUCAUUCUUCAGGCACAAUAUUCUAUUCUUCUGUGCCUGGGGAUCUGUUCUGGCCUGUAUUUGUCAUAGCUACCCUCGCUGCCAUGAUUGCCAGCCAAGCAAUGAUUUCUGCCACAUUUUCAUGUGUUAAGCAAUCUAUGGCUCUGGAAUGCUUCCCAAGGCUUAAAAUAAUUCACACGUCAAGGAAGCUGAUGGGGCAAAUUUACAUUCCUGUAAUCAAUUAUUUUUUAAUGAUUAUGUGCAUAUUUGUGGUUUCGAUCUUCCGGAGCACCACCGAUAUUGCCAAUGCAUAUGGCAUAGCUGAGGUCGUCGUGAUGCUUGUGAGCACUACCUUAGUGACACUAGUAAUGCUUUUGAUCUGGCAGACAAAUCUUUUUCUUGCUUUAUGUUUUCCGCUCAUUUUUGGGUCGAUAGAACUCAUAUAUUUAUCAGCAGUUCUAUCGAAGCUCUUGGAAGGCGGAUGGCUUCCACUCGUAUUUGCUAGUUGUUUUCUUUGUGUUAUGUAUAUUUGGAACUAUGGAAGCGUGUUGAAAUACCGGAGUGAAUUAAGGGAGAAAAUUUCCAUGGACUUCAUGCUUGAGCUUGGCUCUACCCUGGGGACUGUUAGAGUUCCUGGAAUCGGAUUGCAAUACAACGAACUUGUCCAAGGCGUUCCCUCAAUCUUCGGACAGUUCCUACUCAGCCUUCCAGCUAUCCAGUCCACCAUAAUAUUUGUUUGCAUCAAGUACGUCCCUGUCCCGGUGGUCCCACAGGAGGAAAGAUUCCUUUUCCGAAGAGUUUGUCCGAAAGACUACCAUAUGUUCCGCUGCAUUGCUAGAUACGGCUACAAAGAUGUAAGGAAGGAAGAUCACCACGCAUUCGAGGAACUUUUGGUUGAAAGCCUCGAGAAGUUUUUACGAAGAGAGGCGCAAGAUCUUGCCUUAGAGAGCACAUUGAACGAGUUUGACUUGGAUAGCGUCUCCGUAAAAUCAAGGGAUUCUGGAGUCCAAUUUGGCGACGGAAAUGAGGAACUAAGGAUUCCAUUGAUGCACGAUCAGAAAUUGACAGAACAAGGGACUUCUACUUCAGAAGAAGCUUCCUUAGUAUUAUCUUCCGGCGGCUUGGGAGUGGACGAAGAUCCGAGUGUAGAGUACGAGCUUGCAGCUAUUAGGGAAGCGAAAGAUUCGGGUUUUACUUAUUUACUUGCUGAUGGGGAUGUGAGAGCAAGGAAAAACUCGAUUUUCCUUAAGAAACUGGUAAUUAACUACCUCUAUGCAUUCCUGAGGAGGAAUUGCAGAGGCGGCGCCGCCACUCUGCGAGUACCUCAUAUGAAUAUCCUGGAAGUUGGGAUGACUUAUAUGGUCUAGUUAGUUUAUUCAUCUCAGCAUUGUUAAUGGCCACCUUUUGCCGCCUUUACGAUGACAUUGUUACUAAUCAAAUUUUAGGGGGAAAAACCAGAUAUCAUUGAACAUUUGAUGGAUUUCUUCAAAUAUGUUGUCCAUUUUCUCAGAACAAUUCAGAAAUGCAAGUGAAAAUCAAGAAAAACAUCAAGGCAACUAUCUUUAUAAAGUUAAACAGAAAUUUAAUCCAAA